CCCGACUACUAUAAAUAGGAGGCCAGCUAUUCUUCACACUCCGCAAGUCCCAAUCGUCGCCCACUCCGAGAAAUAGAAACCAGAAAGCUCGGAAUAAGAUGGCCACGAAAGUUUAUAUAGUGAUGGAAUUUUUAAUAUAAGGUUCUGGAAGGGUUAGACUAUUUAAAAGAAUGAUCUAUCAGUAACACCGUAGCUGUAUUCAAAGAGAGAAGGUCUUGCUUGAGCCAAAAUGCUUGCAGGCCCAUGAUGGUUCCAUCAAGCCAAGAGAUGCCUCAAAUGAAACAAGGAUAUUAUUUCAGUUUAUUGUUCAUGAGCAUGAAGGUACUAUUCUAUGUAUGGGCAUGUAGAGAAACUGGCUGAAGAAAUAAAGAAAGGGGCUUUAUCUGUUGAAGGAGUCAACGCUAAAAUAUGGCAGGUCCCCGAGACAUUACCAGAUGAGGUGCUAACGAAAAUGAGUGCACCUCCAAAGAGUGAUGUACCUAUCAUCAAACCUAACGAACUUCCCGAGGCUGAUGGCUUUGUCUUUGGCUUUCCCACAAGGUUCGGAAUGAUGGCUGCUCAAUUCAAAGCAUUUCUUGAUGCAACUGGAGGCCUAUGGAGAACACAACAGCUUGCUGGGAAACCUGCUGGGAUCUUCUACAGCACUGGAUCUCAAGGCGGUGGACAAGAAACUACUGCGUUGACUGCUAUCACUCAGCUUGUUCACCAUGGAAUGUUAUUCGUUCCCAUUGGAUAUACCUUUGGAGCCGGCAUGUUUGAAAUGGAGAAAGUUAAAGGCGGAAGUCCUUAUGGUGCUGGAACUUUUGCUGGUGACGGUUCAAGACAGCCAUCGGAGCUUGAAUUAGAACAGGCUUUUCACCAAGGGAAGUACAUUGCCAUCAUCACCAAGAAACUGAAGGGAGUUGCCUGAUCUCUUCCUGAUACAGAAAUACAGUUUGCAUUCUUUCAGUUUUUUUCUUCUGCAGUAGAAUUAUCUACAUAUCAUUUCUGUGUGAUUGAAACUAUCAUUCUUGCUAUGUUGGCACACAAUUUGUACGUUGAUGAUGUUCAGUACAAUGGUUUCUCUUAAUGAUUAAAAGUUUAUUUGUCUAACA